AUGACCGACACUCGACCGUUAUGGAAGAGUCGUCCUGAAUAUCCGUCUUACUAUCGAGCACCGGUCAAUACGCUCUAUAAAAGGAAGGCUGACAAAGUUCGUCCGGUAAAUUCAUCGGAAUCAGAUGGGACGAUCCCCGUCGGCCACCCUGAUUGGCAGCACGAAUGCCUCAAAAAGUACCAUACUCAGUAUCGCGCACCUGACAUUCGAACUGAAUUCGACCAUUUGCUCAAGCCUCGUAUUUCCGUGAUUGCGAGAGAACGAGAGAUAACACUGCUAGUAGGAAAGGAUCUACUGCCACGUGAGAGAGCACUUUUUCGAGAACUUCUUUUCAAAAGAGAGGGAGUGCUAGCCUGGGAAUGGGAACAUGUUCAGAGGAUACACAACGAAGUAAUGCCUCCGCAACGCAUUAAAACCGUCUCCCAUGAAGCGUGGCAGCACCCCGGUUUUAAGAUCCCCCAUGCACUGAACGCUAUAGUCAUCGAAAUGCUGCGUGAUCGGCUACGCAAGGGCGUGCUCGAACCCUGUGAUGGACCGUAUCGGAACCCGUGGUUCCUUGUCGGCAAGAAGCAAACUGGCAAAUAUCGAAUGGUCAACGCAGCAAUGAUGAUCAACAAAGUGACAAAAAGAGAUGCCAACAUGCCUCCAAUAGCAGAUGAGUUUGCCGAAGAGUUUGCAGGAAUGGCGAUGGCUUCGUUAGUCGACCUCUUCUCCGGAUAUGAUCAAAUCGAACUGCAUAAGGAUGAUCGGGAUCUAACGGCUAUUCAAACUCCCCUCGGUCUGCUUCGCCAGACCACCAUUCUCCAAGGUGCAUCGAAUUCAGUCGCCCAGUUUCAACGAGUGAUCUCGGUCAUUCUGCAUAGUAUUUUCGGCACAAAGGCGCGUUCAUUUCUUGACGAUGUUGCCGUUAAGGGUCCGCGAACAACAUACAAUGACGAGUUUGUAGAAGAAGGGAUUCGCCGAUAUGUCCUAGAGCACGUUCAGAAUCUCGAUGAAGCGCUAUAUCUUUUGGAAUUAGCCGGAGCGGUCAUCUCAGCCGAAAAGUCCCAGUUUAUGAUGAAAGGAAUUGAAGUUGUCGGCUGGGUGUGUGACAUUAAUGGCCGACGACCCGACGAAGCGAAGGUUGCAAAGGUUACACAGUGGCCUACGCCUCGGUCGAAGGAUGAACUGCGUUCAUUUGUCGGCCUUGCUGUCUACUUUCGUAUCCUGAUUGAGAAAUUCCAGGUCAUCAUGAAGCCUCUCUAUGAGAUACUGCGAAAGAAUGCCCAUUUUAUGUGGAACGAAGUCCACCAGGUGGCGUUUACCGAGAUAAAGUCACGCCUUUCAGAGUUCCCCUCAGUCCUGCCUGUAGAUUACGACUUUAAUCCGUUUCUCAUGAUCGUUGCUGCAGAUGCUUCUAUAAAAGGAUGGGGUGGCGUGCUCAUGCAGGCUCGGAACGGUGUCCGCAAUCCUGCACGAUACGAGUCAGGGGUUUGGUCACAGGCUGAAUCGAAAUAUGACGCAGGAAAGCUAGAAUGCCGUGCUGUUUUGAUGGCUUUUAAGAAAUUUCGCCAUUGGCUAUAUGGGGUACACUUCGUCUUGGAGACUGAUGCUAAUACCUUGGUGGCUCAAUUGAAUCGCACUGCAACCGACCUCCCUGGUGCUCUUGUUACCCGCUGGAUUGCAUGGAUUCAGCUUUUUGAUUUUGAUGUCAAGCACGUUCCUGGCACUGGCAAUGGCGCUGCAGAUGCCCUAUCCCGCCGUCCACCAACUGAGGAAGAUCUACAUGAGAGAGACCAAGAACAGGAUAUUGAUGACUUUGUUGAUACGGAGGUCCUAUAUCUCCGAGCCAGUUGUUGUCCUGUCUCUGCUAAUGUUGAAAUUCCCGGUGAUCCUGUUAUCGAUGCCAGAGCUCCGAAUCGUCUGCAUGAACCUGCUAUUGUUACGCAACCGCUGUUGCUUUUCGAUAAAUGGUAUAUUGACACAACUCGAAUGCCUCCAGAAGACGGUGAACGUGUCGUUAUUCAAGCGAGAGACUCUGUCAGCGGAUGGCCAGAGGCGAGAGUAUUGCAUUCUGCGAAAACAGAGAGCGUCGUCCAAUUCAUCAAGGAAGAUAUCAUCAGUCGUCAUGGGAUUCCUCGGGAAAUAGUAAUUGACAUGGGACCUGAAAACCGUGGAGGAUUAACAGCCUUCUUGGAACGCGAGCAAAUAUCAAGAGUCAAGAUCUCCGCGUACCAUCCCGGUUCCAAUGGCCCUGUGGAACGUGCGAUGCGAACUAUGAAAGAUGCUCUCUCAAAGAUGACAGAAGGCUACCCUAUAGACAACGUUACUCGGCAAAUCAAGCGACCAUGGAGGCCCCAUUUCUAUUCUGUCCUGAUGGCGGAUCGUUUUACGGUUAAUGCCACCACUGGAAUGAGCCCGUUCUUCUUUCUGUAUGGGAAGGAUCCUAUUAUACCCAUUGAAUUACAGAUGUCUACCUGGAGCAUGCUGCCAUGGCAUGAGGUCCGAGACCGAAAGGAUUUACUAGCAAUGAGAGCGCGGCAAUUCGAAAAGCGGGACCAGGAUAUUGAAGAAGCAAUCCUGCGUAUGCGCCGUCUGAAAGAAGCAAAUGCGCACUUCUUCGACGAACAUCAUCUGCUUCGGAAUGACCGAUUUGCACAGGGUGAUCUUGUUCUCCUGCACAACACCAUUCGCAGCAUGGACUAUCAUUCAAGGACAAAACUACAAUUCCGUUGGUUGGGGCCUUAUCGGAUUCAUACGGUCAAAAGCGGUUCAUAUUUGCUGAGUGAACUCGAUGGUACGGUUUUAUACGAUCUGACCCAUCAGCCGGAGUCAUUCAAUGGCGAUCGAUUGAAGAAGUUCUAUUCUCGGAAGGAUCUAAAUGAUCAGGAAGAGGCUUCAUCCUUACCGCAGCGUAACCCAAAUGGACGUCCGAGAGGUCAACGAGGCCGAGGUAGUGGCCAAGGUCGACAGCAACAUGAAGGAUGGAUUGAGACACCACGUGAGCGAGCACCACGACGACGGGGGAAGGCCUUCGUUGAGAAGAACGAGGGGUCGCAGGUCCUAAUCGGGGCAUCGUUUUCCGGCAGGAAAUUGAUGCCUUAG